CUUCAAGGGUAAAGACUGAAUUCCUUUCUAGAGAAGAUCAAGAGGGACGUAUCCUGAAUGGAUGAAACCCAAGAGAGUAUCGGUGCAAACAAUCACACCGGCUGAGUGUUUGACAGGAUCUCGUCAUCAACCAAUAUGAUUCCCAGGAUGCACAACAAACCUCACCAUACAGCAGCAAGAAAGACUUCAGUUUCCAAACACCAUUUCUUUCCUUCCCUUCCCUUCGCUUCCCCGGCGCGUCUCCACACCACACUCCAGGCUGCAAUUGCUUUGCAGCUCCCAUGGAGCUCGCGGUCAGAGCAGCGGCGGCUUCCUGCUCCUCCUCCUCGUCGCUCCAUCCCCCACGCCUCCCCUGCCGCCUUGGCCGCAGCCCGGGCCUGCCGCUGCCGGCUCGCCGGGUGGCUGUCGCCGCCGCGGGGGCCAUCGCCCUCGACCCGGUACGUACCUACCUACCCCACGAGCUGAUUCUCAUCCCAGGGAAGCUUCAGGACAUAAAAAAUGAGCAGAAAGCUGAGGUGUUUGCAUGCCCUGUUUGUUAUGAACCGCUGAUAAGGAAAGGGCCACCAGGCAUGAACCUGCCAGCGAUUUAUAGGUCCGGAUUCAAGUGUUCAAAAUGCAACAAGUCAUUCACCAGCAAAGAUGUCUUCUUGGAUCUCACUGUCACCUCAGGAAUGAAAGAAUACAGUGAACUCAAGCCUGCUAGAACCGAGCUGUUCAGGAGCCCGCUCGUCUCCUUUCUUUAUGAGAGGGGGUGGCGUCAGAACUUCAAUCGCAGUGGCUUCCCUGGCCGCGAUGAAGAGUUCCAAAUGGCUCAAGACUAUUUCCAAUCAGUCGCUGGUGGUAUACUCGUUGAUGUCAGCUGCGGCAGUGGCUUGUUUUCAAGGAAGUUUGCAAGCUCUGGGGCAUACUCAUCUGUGAUUGCUUUGGACUUUUCGGAGAAUAUGCUCCGACAAUGCUAUGACUACAUCAAACAAGAAGAAACCCCUAUGAACACGAACCUUGCACUUGUAAGGGCUGAUAUUUCGAGGCUCCCUUUUGCUUCAAGUUCAAUUGAUGCCAUUCAUGCUGGAGCCGCUAUCCACUGUUGGCCAUCCCCUUCAAAUGCGAUAGCUGAAAUCAGCCGUGUGCUGAAGCCCGGCGGUGUCUUUGUGGCGACAACCUUCUUAUCCACCCCCACGAACAGCGGCCCGCUCUCUAUUGACGCACUAAGGCCACUGAGGCAGAUUGUUGGGCCAGUGAACAGCAGCUACAACUUCUUCACGGAAGGAGAGCUGGAAGACCUGUGCAGAUCCUGUGGCCUGAUCAACUACAGCAGCAAGGUGCAGAGGUCAUUCAUCAUGUUCUCCGGGCAAAAGCCAUAGCUGAGUACCAUAUCCAGACUUUCUCUGUAUAGCCAGCCACAGUGUAUAUAUAGCUGUGCUUUUCUUUUUACGGGUAUAUGUAUAGCUGUUAUGGUUAAAUCAGGUGGUGAGAAUGUAACUUAAACCACAUUAGGCAAUUGAACCAAAAUGCAUGGUCUCUGACUCUGAUGAACAAUAGUAGCAUUUCUUCAGGUUCA